CCAAGGAGUCCGUCAGGAACAGGCGAGGCCAACUUCCCCUCUCCCAGCGAAGACAUGCUCAUCUGAAAUUUCCCUGCUUUGGGGAUCUUCAAACGGACCGAGACUUGCAAAGAUCUGACAAGGGAAGAAAGCUGACUUGCAGCUUGUCAGAAGGACACAGAGGUGUAUGAAGACUGCAAAUAUGUCUGAGACUUCCUCCCAUGAUUCCUUCUACGACUCCCUAUCGGACAUGCAGGAAGAAGACAAGAAUGCUGACUUCUUCCCUGAGCUAUCUGCAUUUCUCAGCCAGGAAGAGAUCAACAAGAGCCUUGACCUGGCCCGGAGAGCUAUAGCCAGCUCUGAAACAGAAGAUUUUGACUCAGAAAAGGAGAUCACACCAAUGUUCAACAGCUCUCCUGUAAGCAUCCCUGAGAAGCCUUCUCUCAGGGAGGUGCAAUUGAAUGAGCACACCUCCACAGGAGGACCUCAGGAGACUCGGCCAACGUCGACCCAGCCUUUGGCAAAAGCACAGGCUGAGCGUAUCCCGUCACCUGUUUCAAAGAGGAAACCCUCCUCCUCACCCCUGCUUGCCAGGCCCAGCUAUAUCCGGAGUCUCCGCAAGGCUGAAAAACGUGGUGGGAAAGCUCCAAAUGCAGGUAUGAAGCCCAAACCGGUGUGUCAAGGUAACGCUGACGCUCAGAGCCAGCUGUGCGACAAGGCGGCUAACUUCAUUGAGGAACUGACAUCUAUAUUUCGAGAAGCUUCCAGGCCCAGAAAUCGAAGCCCAAAUGGGGAGUCCUCAUCACCAGACAGUGGGUACUUGUCUCCUAAAAACCAGCCAUUGGCCCUGGUGAGUGCCUCAGCCAGCCGUAGCCCCACCGAAGACCAACAGGAGAUGGAAACAGAGAUUAAGUUACCUGAAGCCCGAUGCUGCUACCAGGCUGACCAGGAAGGGGGGAUGCCAUGCAAUAGCAGCUCUCACCCACAACCCCAGAAUCCACCCCACUUCCCAUCAGCACCUCGGUUCAUCCAAAAGCUGAGGAGCCAAGAAGUGGAAGAAGGAAGCAGAGUUUACUUGGAGUGCAGAGUCACCGGAAACCCCGCUCCCCGAGUCAGAUGGUUCUCUGAGGGGAAAGAACUGCACAGCACCCCAGACAUCCACAUCCGCUGUGAGGGUGGGGGCCUCCAUACCUUGACCAUCGCAGAGGCCUUUGAGGACGACACGGGCCGCUAUACCUGCCUGGCUACGAACCCCAGCGGCUCUGAUACAACAUCUGCUGAGGUGUUUAUUGAAGGUGCCAGUUCUUCUGAUUCUGACAGUGAAAGCGUCGCUUUCCGAUCAAAACCAGGAGCUAUGCCACAGACUCAAAAGAAAACAACUUCUGUUUCCUUAACUAUCGGAUCAUCAUCUCCGAAGGCAGGCGUGACCACCGCUGUGAUUCAGCCCUUGGCUGUCCCUGUUCAACAGGUUCACAGCCCAACUUCAGAUCUCUGCCGACCGGACGGAAGCACUUCUGCCUACUUUCCUCCCGUUUUUACAAAGGAACUGCAAAACACAGCUGCAUCCGAAGGCCAGGUGGUGGUCCUCGAGUGCAGGGUCCGAGGAGCACGCCCGCUGCAGGUCACGUGGUUCCGGCAAGGCAACGAAAUCCAAGACUCUCCAGAUUUCCGGAUUCUACAGAAAAAACCUAGAUCUACUGCUGAGCCAGAGGAAAUCUGUACCCUGGUGAUCGCUGAGACGUUCCCUGAAGACGCGGGCACCUUCACAUGCUACGCGAGGAACGAUUAUGGAUCUGUCACCAGCACUGCCCAGUUGGUUGUCACCUCAGCCAACACUGAAAACUGCAGCUCUGACUCAGUGGGAGAAUCCAGCAAUGAUCUCUUCCAACACUUCCCACCUCCGCCUCCAAUCUUGGAGACAAGUUCCUUCGAGUUGGCUUCAAAGAAACCGUCUGAGAUCCAGCAGGUGAACAGUCCUGAGAUAGGACCGAGCAUGACAGCCCUUCAAAUGCAAUUCAAUUCUGCUGAGAGGGGAACUAACGGAAUCCAUCCCAGCCAUGGAGUAAAUGGACUGAUUAAUGGCAAAGUUAACAGUAAUGAAUCUCUACCAACACCAGCUGUCCUACUUUCACCCACUAAGGAGCCACCACCUCUGCUUGCCAAACCAAAACUGGACGCUCUGAAAAUCCAGCAACUCCAGAACCAAAUCCGCCUGGAGCAGGAGGCCUGCGGCCCGCCCUUCCCGCCACCGCCGCCGCCCGCCGCCCCGGACGGAUUUCCAAAGAAAGCGGGUAGAACUGCUAGAAUAGCCUCUGAUGAAGAAAUCCAAGGCACCAAGGAUGCGGUCAUUCAAGACCUGGAAAGAAAACUCCGCUUCAAAGAGGACCUCCUGAACAACGGCCAACCGGCCUUUGGAGGAGCCUGGGUGGUAUAG